ACCAGUUUGUAUAAGCGUUAGCUCCCUUUAAAAUCGUUUGGCAACUGAGAUAUGUAAACUUCCGGUUAGAUUGUACUCUACAACAACUACAAUAAUACAGAUGCUAAUGGCGUGGUAAAGAGAGAACUUAUGUCGGUCUCUGUUGACCUUGGUGAUACCAAAAUGGAUACAGAACCAGCGACAGAAGACGAUGUACCAAGAUUCAAAGAGGGCAGGAAAAGACAUCCCAAGGAGGCAGCAAGGGAGGCUACAUCGAUUAACUUUGAUGUAAAUCUUACCGAAGCGGCAUUUGGACACCUUGAAUUACUGGAAAUAGUCAAUGAAUAUCCAUGCUUGUAUUGUGGGCCAUUUAAAAGGCGUGGCAUCAAACGAUAUGAAGAGUUUUGGCUUCCGCUUGUAGCAUCACAGAAUGACUUCUUGGCAGCCCCCUUGGAUAUAGAAUGGAUAUGGCACUGUCAUAUGUUAGCACCAAAGGCAUAUAUUGCCGACUGUGAACGAAUGUUUGGAAAAAUAAUUGAUCAUAAGGUAUUUAGAAUGGACGAACGAGAAAUGCGAAUGCAUAAAUCACAAGAGCUUUGGGAAAAGAAGUAUCCAAAGGAACCAUUUUUGGUAGAUAUACCUGAUGCAGAUGCAUAUGCCGAAAACUAUGGACCCGAUAUAGAUCAGAGCUUAUGCACACAUUCUUCACGACUGGGAUACAAUAUCGAAUCUGCAACCUGUCGACAGGGUAAAUUCUUUCACAACGUGAGCCUGCCACACUAUCGUGACAAAAAAUAUAUGCGACUAGCAUUUGAAAGGUACCAGAAGUUUCUAUAUCUAAAACAAUGUACAGAAAAGACGUUCCUGGUGCCUUGUUAUGACAUUGAUUUGAUAUGGCAUACACAUCAACUGCAUCCUAUCAAAUACAAAGAAGACACACAAAGAGUUCUGGGUAAACUACUGCCUCAUGAUGACAAUACCACGGAUAGAUCAGAUGGAUCGAAACUGUCUAUUUCAUAUAAAAUAACCGGGAAACUUUGGCAUGAAUUGUAUGGUGAAAAUUACCAGUAUCCUGGUGCGAUGUACAGAGGUGAGACAUCACGUGGCAGGUAUAAGCAAGCAUCGGUUGCAGUACCUUCUGAAGUUCAACAAAAACCAGUCACAGUAACUUUUGAUUUUAUGGCACUAGAAAAAGGAAAAGAUGGGACGCCAGUGAAACAGUAUCAGGUAGAUGUCUUUAUGGAUUUCAAGGAUGACCAAAAAAGAUCAUAUGACAAUGGACGUAAACUUUUGAUGUCACUACAGGGACCGAAUUUAGAAUGUAUCGCUGGUGAGGCAAGACCCUUUGAAUAUGACCCAGUUACGCAACACAACCCAUUAGUUAUUCGACUAGCCAAAUUUAGAAAGGAAGACUUUGAAACAGCCUCAGAAAGUGGAUACAGUACAAGAUCUGACGUGGCUGUAAUGAAAACUAUUGCCGAAAAGGAUGAACUGAUUAUGAAUGAUCCAGAGGGAAGUAUACGUUCGCAAAUGAUGGCAAGUGCGAGGUCAAAGAAAUCGGAUAAAUCAGAUGAAAGUAUAUCUGGUUCGUCAGGUUUUAGCAGUUGCGAUGACUUUAUGAGUGAAAAGUCGCAGGAAUCUUUCCUUGAAGCUCAACUAGAAUUAAAUGGGAUUGGAGACUGGGUUAGUUCGACGCAAAAAAUGUUCCAAGAAACAAUUGGUUACGAGGAUUCAUCUGGAGGACACUACAUGUUGUAUCUUAGUGGAAGAAUAGAGGAUAGAAGUGACUUGUGUCAUUUUGUUUUGGUUUCAGAGGAAUUCGAAACAAUGAUAUAUCCAAAAGAUUUAUCACAAAUAAAAAUUCCUGAAUAUACGAUAUAUGACCCACAGGAAAACUGCCGUGUUUGCUACUUUGCUGAUCAAAAAAUGAGGGACGACAAAAAUGGUCUAAGUUUUACAUGUCGAGUAAUGCAUGCGCCAUUGCAUACUGUAUCAGCUGUUCAAAUCUAUCAUGGUGAAGAGAUUCUCCAGGACGAAAUAGUCAAACCAAUUGUUACUAUCAAACUUGUAGAUUCUCAACAACUGCCCUUGCCAUCUAUGGUGUUUAAUGGUGCAAAGCCUUGUCUCACGCUUGAUCCAAGGUACAAAGAAAGAGGCGUGCUCAUUCAGGAUAAUGACGGGGAUUGGGCAAUAGUUGUUGGUUCUUGGUUUGUAACUGAUGACCAACCAGGAGCUCUUCGUUUUAAGUUAUAUAAAUGCAACAGUGGGAUUAUCAAAACAUUGAUGCUACGAUACGAGGAGCACCAAUGCAAAAUAACAAUUGAAUCCUGUACCAUUGACUUUCAAAAUGGUCGACUCGAGAUUGAUGCAAAAUCAGACGAGUUGGUACAGAAUAUUGGACUUGCUUUUGCGAUUGCCAUCCUGCAUGUACUUUGUGUACCGCGACCUGACACCUGGAAACCUGGUGAACCUGUUGUUACACCAAAAACAAAACACGUCUUUACAGACUCAAUGUUGUUUGCUCAUGGUGUUGGUUUAGAUAUUGUUACUCCAUCCAAUCAUUUCAGAGAAAAACGCAGACAGAAGAAAUAAAUCUGUUUUAAAGUAACAAAUUGCUGAUAGCAUGUUUGUGCACUUUUUAGCAAAAUGAAUGUUAAUCUCAACUGAAGUACAAUUAAGGUUAACCGAAAGUGAAAAGGAGUUAAUGUUCAUACUGUCUUUCAAAUACAUGAUAGAUUCUCAGAAUAGAUUUAUUUCAUAUCACAUUAUAUCCAUAUAUAGAUUUUGAACUGAAUCUGAUAUGCAACAACCUUUAAGGAUAUAUAUGCUUAAAUUAUUUUUCAUUGAUGAUUAUCAUACUCUCAAAGCCGAGUAGAGAUGGUUCAUUUAAUUCUUUGUAUAACUCAAAAGAUUGCUACCACGAAGAAAGCAGGUUUUUUUUCUAGAUUUACCAACGAAAAUCAAUACAUUUCAUAGAAAUUUAAGUGUGCUGGUAUAGGAGUCCCUUCAACGAAGUUGAGAGGACAAAUGCAGUACCAACUUGUCUACGAUUCUGAUUGUUGCGAUGAAUCUAACUUGGUAAACAGUUGUUGAAUUGAGUUUGUGAUCGUGGUAAACUUUCCUUUUUGUACUUAUAUGAAUUUGCCAUUGAGUUCAUCCUUCACUGCUUAGUGAUUAUGCUCAAGUUAAGGGACUUCCGUUUUGAAUUUUCAUUGGAGUUCGGUAUAUUUGUUAAUUUACUUUUUAUACAUGGUAAUGAAAUCAUCGUACAAAUGUUAAUAUUGAAAAAAACUGGUGGAGUUUAAUUGUGAAUGUGUUUUUGUUGACUGCUAACCUGAUUUAAUUUUAAUUUGUGAUAAUAACCACUAUUGAAGUGUUGUUAUAUUGUUAUUGUUAUCAAAUUUGCAUUUAUUUAUUAUAUAAUAAAAAAAUAUUUCAAACAA